AUGGCCUCUCCACCUCCAGUAAAGCCUGCAGCGUCAAUUAUUGUGUGUGCACCAGUGAUCGGAAACCCAAACGAAUAUAAGGUGCUCUUUCUACAACGUAACAAUCGAGGGCCAUUUGGAGGACUGAUGGUAUUUCCAGGUGGAGGAUUGGACAAGGCCGACCAAGAUCCUAUCUGGGGUAAAAUUUUGGGUAAACCAGCUACACGAGAACUUGCUUUCCAGGUUGCAGCAAUCAGAGAAGCAUUUGAAGAAUGUGGUCUACACGUCUUCAAACCAGACUUGAAAGUGUCGCCUGAGGAAAUCGCCAAAUGGAGGGACCAAGUACAUGACGAUGGCAAGAAAUUUAUUGAAAUGGCUCAAAAGACCGGUUCCAUCCCCGACCUGUCAAGACUGGCUCUGUUUUCGAACUGGAUUACACCGACGAUGGAGACCAAACGAUUCGAUACUUUCUUUUUCAUAACUGUGUUGCCAAAACCUGUUGCUCCUCAAUCCAAACGCAUGUCUGCAGACGGUGGAGAGACUUUAUCCCUUACAUGGUACACUCCAUCAGAAUGCAUCGCGGCUUUCAGGAAGGGAGAGAUCAAGCUCUUUCCUCCACAAUUCAUUACAAUGGCUGAGAUGGCCAAGUUGUCUUUAGACGAUCUAAAGAAGAUUCUGUCUGGAGCUACGAAAAGGGUUGUUACUCCAUGGCAGCCAGAAUUGGGACCCGGAGGUCUAGUACUACCAGGUGAUGAAUUCCACUCGACAACAAAGAAUACCGUGAAAGCCGGCUCAAAGAACAGAGUGCUGUUGACGAGAUCUCCCAACGGUGCCGGUAUUGCAGAUAUUGAAUGGAUUAGAGAAACAAAAUUGUAG